AUGUUGCUUGUGGGAUGUGGCGGCCGUUUGUUCGGCAUUCCGUCAGCCGCGUUUGGAAAGGACUUGCUGCGGCUGGGGACGCGUUGCGUAGUUGUUUCUUGCUUCUGCACGGUUGUAUCCAGUGCGCUUCCUUUGAUUACAUUUGGAAGGCCGGGUCAUGUGUGUUUGCAAGUUCUGAGAGGCAUGUUUGACACAUUCCCUGGAAUGUUGGGCGAGUGCUAUGUUUUGAGCCAGGCGGCACUGCCUUCAUUUCUGACAAACAUGUGCUCUGCUGUUGUGGAUGUACCAUGUCCAACAACAUAA